CUCGCCGCAUUGUUUGCUUCGCUAGGGAGCGAGCAGCGCCCCGCCGGCGUCCGACAGCUCCGCUCCCGCGCCCGCGCCGACUCGGCCGGGCCCCGAGCCGGCCUGCAACGGGCCGAGUCGGGCCGCGACCCCGCCCGACCGCGGCGCCCAGCGGGCCCAGAGCCUGGCGCCGAGCGCGCCCGAGGCCGGCGGGGCCCGGCUGCGCGGCCGUUGGCGAGAACCGCGGCGCCAUUAGUGCCGCCUGGCCCGCGCCCGCCCGCUCGCCCGCCUGCCGGGCUCCCGCGGCCGCGGCGCCCCGGAGGUAAUCAUUGCCAAAUGAGGAGGAAAGGACGAUGCCAUCGAGGCUCUGCAGCGAGGCACGCUUCCUCCCCGUGCAGUGUUAAACACUCCCCCACUCGAGAGACCCUCACGUACGCACAAGCUCAGAGGAUGGUUGAGAUAGAGAUCGAAGGGCGACUGCAUCGGAUCAGUAUUUUUGAUCCUCUUGAGAUCAUAUUGGAAGAUGACCUCACUGCUCAGGAAAUGAGUGAAUGUAACAGCAAUAAAGAAAACAGUGAGAGGCCACCUGUUUGCUUAAGAACUAAACGCCACAAAAACAACAGAGUGAAAAAGAAAAAUGAAGCCCUGCCCAGCACCCAUGGCACACCUGCCUCCGCCAGCACCCUUCCUGAGCCCAAGGUACGGAUUGUGGAGUACAGCCCGCCAUCAGCACCCAGGAGGCCCCCCAUGUACUACAAGUUCAUUGAGAAGUCUGCGGAAGAGCUGGACAACGAGGUGGAGUACGACAUGGAUGAGGAGGACUACGCCUGGCUGGAGAUCAUCAACGAGAAGCGGAAGGGCGACUGUGUCUCUGCGGUGUCACAGAACAUGUUUGAGUUCCUGAUGGACCGAUUCGAGAAGGAGUCGUACUGCGAGAACCAGAAGCAGGGAGAGCAGCAGUCCCUGAUCGACGAGGAUGCCGUGUGCUGCAUCUGCAUGGAUGGCGAGUGUCAGAACAGCAACGUGAUCCUCUUCUGCGACCUGUGCAACCUUGCCGUGCACCAGGAGUGCUACGGGGUGCCCUACAUCCCCGAGGGCCAGUGGCUCUGUCGCCAUUGCCUGCAGUCCCGGGCCCGGCCCGCUGACUGUGUGCUGUGCCCCAACAAGGGUGGUGCCUUCAAAAAGACAGACGACGACCGCUGGGGCCACGUGGUGUGUGCCCUGUGGAUCCCUGAGGUCGGCUUCGCCAACACCGUGUUCAUUGAGCCCAUCGACGGCGUGAGGAACAUCCCCCCGGCCCGGUGGAAACUGACGUGCUACCUCUGUAAGCAGAAGGGCGUGGGCGCCUGCAUCCAGUGCCACAAAGCCAACUGCUACACGGCCUUCCAUGUGACGUGUGCCCAGAAGGCUGGCCUAUACAUGAAGAUGGAGCCUGUGAAGGAGCUGACGGGAGGCAGCACCACCUUCUCCGUCAGAAAGACCGCAUACUGUGACGUCCACACGCCUCCAGGCUGCACUCGCAGGCCUCUGAACAUUUAUGGGGAUGUUGAAAUGAAAAAUGGUGUCUGUAGAAAAGAGAGCUCAGUCAAAACGGUCAGGUCCACGUCUAAGGUCAGGAAGAAAGCGAAAAAGGCUAAGAAAACGCUCACUGAGCCCUGCGCGGUCCUGCCGACCGUCUGUGCUCCUUAUAUUCCCCCUCACAGAUUAAAUAGGAUUGCGAAUCAGGUGGCCAUUCAACGGAAGAAGCAGUUUGUGGAGCGGGCGCACAGCUACUGGUUACUCAAGAGGCUGUCCAGGAACGGUGCACCCUUGCUGCGGCGCCUACAGUCCAGCCUGCAGUCCCAGCGGAGCACGCAGCAGAGAGAAAACGACGAGGAGAUGAAAGCAGCCAAAGAGAAGCUGAAGUACUGGCAGCGGCUGCGGCACGACCUGGAGCGGGCCCGCCUGCUCAUCGAGCUGCUGCGCAAGCGAGAGAAGCUGAAGCGUGAGCAGGUGAAGGUGGAGCAGAUGGCCAUGGAGCUGCGGCUGACGCCUCUGACUGUGCUGCUACGGUCUGUGCUUGAGCAGCUGCAGGACAAGGACCCUGCCAAGAUCUUCGCUCAGCCCGUGAGUCUGAAGGAGGUGCCAGAUUAUCUGGAUCACAUCAAACAUCCCAUGGACUUUGCCACAAUGAGGAAGCGGCUAGAAGCUCAAGGGUAUAGAAACCUCCGUGCGUUUGAGGAGGAUUUUACUCUCAUUGUAGAUAACUGCAUGAAGUACAAUGCCAAGGACACCGUGUUUUAUAGAGCCGCAGUGAGGCUGCGUGAUCAGGGCGGUGUUGUUCUGAGGCAGGCCCGGCGUCAGGUGGACAGCAUCGGCCUAGAAGAGGCCUCGGGAAUGCACCUGCCUGAGCGGCCUGCUGCGGCCCCUCGGAGGCCUUUCUCCUGGGAAGACGUGGACAGGUUGCUGGACCCAGCCAACAGGGCCCAUCUGGGUCUGGAGGAGCAGCUGAGGGAGCUGCUGGACAAGCUGGACCUUACCUGUUCCAUGAAGUCCAGUGGCUCGCGGAGCAAGCGGGCAAAGCUGCUCAAAAAGGAAAUCGCCCUGCUACGCAGCAAGCUGAGCCAGCAGCACAGCCAGCCCCCUGCCCCGGGGCCCAGCCCGGGAGGCUUGGAGGAGGACACAGCCCCACCGGGGCCAGAUGCGGGCGAGGAAGGAGAUAAAUCUCCCCCUAAACUUGAACCAUCAGAUGCAUUACCUCUUCCUUCAAACUCGGAGACUAAUUCAGAACCACCAACCCUCAAACCAGUAGAACUCCACCCUGAGCAGAGUAAACUAUUCAAAAGAGUCACAUUUGAUAAUGCAUCACAUAGCCCAUGCACUCAGAGCGCACUGGUAAGCGGACACCCUCCAGAGCCCACCCUCGCCAGUAGUGGCGAUGUGCCGGCGGCGGCGGCAGCCUCCGCAGUGGCGGAGCCAUCAAGCGAUGUAAACAGACGCACUUCUGUUCUCUUCUGCAAAUCGAAAAGUGUAAGCCCCCCAAAGUCUGCCAAGAACACUGAAACCCAGCCAACUUCUCCUCAGCUAGGGACCAAAACCUUUUUGUCUGUAGUCCUUCCGAGGUUGGAGACUCUACUGCAGCCAAGGAAAAGGUCGAGGAGCACAUGUGGAGACUCCGAGGUGGAGGAGGAGUCCCCGGGAAAGCGCCUGGACACAGAGUGGCAGUAGAGUUCAGUGGAUGCGAGUUGAAUUGCUAAGCGCACCCCUGAGCACCCGGGAGCCUUAGCUAAGAUCAGCCCCUCGGGAGUGCGAGGCUGCCGCUGCUGCAUCUGCUCUGCCCAGGGCGGCCGGGCGUGGCUGAAGGUGCCAGCCUUGCCAUCAUGCUGGCCUCGCCUUUGCCCGAACGUUGGGUGCCCUCUGCGCACCUGGAUUUCUUGCUCGAGUUGCACUCUUCUUCGCAAUCGGAAGACGAAAUAUUUGGAGCCUUCUGAGCUUUCCCAGAUGUAUCCAACACUUUGAACUUUAGGGCUGGUGCUCUCCGGUGCGCUACAGGACCUGUGUGAGAGGGAGCGCGCCCACUGCACCUCCACAGGCCGCCUGGCGCCCGUGCUGCAGCAGGGCGGUGUGCAACGCCGAGGUCCGGCUCGUAGAGCCAGCCUGCCUGGCAGCUUCCUUCCCAGGGAUCUGGACAUCAGGCGGGCUCCGCCUCUUCCUCUGAGACUUGGUGGAGAUGGUUGUGCAUGGGGUAGGGAACUAGGGCUGGGUCUCCCACGCCCUGGACUGUGCUGGGCAGAGGCUGGUCUCCUGCGCUUCCACAGACUCUGGCUUCUCACUCUUCUCCCGAUUCCGACUUAGCUGCUCAUGCGCUGAGUAGCUCCCUCUUUGGAUCCUGAUCCUUUCUCUUACCUCAACCCGGACUGCAGUCUGCUCAUGGCCACUGGGAUGCAGAACGAUGGCCACCCCUUGCCCUGACUGAUUGCACUGGAGCCACCCUUUAAAGAACGAUGACGCCAGCUGCUGGAGACGUCACAGACACUCCACCCACCAUCAGGUCCUGGGGGCUGGUGCCCUCCUUGAGCUGGGGAUGGCUCUAUGCCUCCGUCCUCCCUGAGUGGACAGUCUGGUGCACGCCGGCACCAGCAGCACCAUGGACAGUCUGAUCUCCGCCCUGCGUGUGCCCAGCAGGGGCCUGUGACGACAGGGCUCUGCAUAGGGUGGCUGGGUCCAGCGUCUGGAGGGACUGAGCACGUGGCCCCAUCUGAAGAUGCCCUCACUCGGUGGUCAUCACCUCCGCUUCUCAUUUCCACCUGGCUUCCUUCUCCCUUAAGUCUCUCUGCUUCCUUCCUUCCGGGAGGAUGGAACCGGGUCUACUUCUGUCCGCUGGCGCUGUACCGAGUGCCAGCGGGACUGGCUGACCAGCCCACCUGCGAGACCCUCCGAGACAUCCUGCCCAGGCUAUGCUUGCCUGUCCUGUGCCUGUCCUGCUGUCCCCAGCAGCGUCCUCAUGGAGCUUCUCUCACCAGUGCAGGCGGUGGGGGCGUCUUGUUUGCUGUUCUCUUACUGAAGUUUGAAAAGCACACCACGUAUGCAGUUCUCUGGGCAGUCGCAAAAGUAAAACGAGCCAGCGGCAGAGGGCAUGUGCCACCCACCCAGCCCUGCCAUGCUCGGGCUCUGUGGCUGGGAGCAGGCUGUGGGCUUUCUGAUGCUGGAACAUCCCCACCAGCCACGGGCCACCAGUGCCUGUGUUCUUACUUCCUCCAGCAGGGUUCAGGGGAGCAGUAAAGCAGGGUGGCACCUACAGAACCAGGGCCAGGUGCCUCAGGUGGCAUGGCAUGGGUGUGUUCUGCUGUCCCUUCUCAGCGCCUUUGGAGUCCAUGGAGCCAUGGUGGAGAGAGCGGCUCCUGGCCCUAGCACUCCAUGCCCUGCGCUCUUUACCCACUGCACCCCAGGGUUUCUGCAAGGCCGAGGCAGCAAGGACCAUGCCUGACUUUCCCCUGCUCCUGUGGGUGGACCACAUAGGAGCUUAGUCCUGCCUGUGGACGUGAGCUGCUGAGAGAGUGGGGAGUUCUGGGGGAUGCCAUGGGUGUCCAUGUGCAAGGUCUGGCUGCCACGAGCCUGUCUCCAUGACAGAGUGGCAUGUAGCCUGGGCGGCAUGUAGGCCUUGGCGCUUGGUGGCAUGUGGGGCUGAGGUAUUGGCCCUCUCUGGCACCGUCUCGACGGUUCUCUCGGCUUCUCAGUUGCUGCUAGUUUGUCACAUCCACAGUCUUGGGCUGGAAGCUGUGGGAGUGAGUGCCUGCUGUUUGCAGGUGACCUUGGCCCAUCUGUGGACCUCCACACCCUCCCAGGGCCCGGGAUUCCAGACUUAGGACUGAACAAACACCUUUCCUGGCCUCGCAGGAUUGCGGAGUGCAGUGAGCCCUGUGGUCGCAGUACUCUGAGGAACCCUCCUGCGGGCGGCCUGUGCAAAAUACACGCACACAGCAAUUCAUGGGCUGUGGUGGUGGCAGUGGCGGGAGGGGCUGUGGCUGCUGCUGGGCCACAGCUCUGCGGUUCCAGACAGCACUCAGGACUUCUCCACGCUGGGGGCUGGAUCCUCGCCUAUCAUCUCCUGGGACACGUCCAGAGCUGGCAGCCUUCCAGAGCCUGGUCUGACCACACAGGCGCCUGCCUGCUUCAGCCACUGCACCCUUCCAAAACUGGCCUGGUGUCCAGCCUGUUCUGCACCCAGCCUCAAAGGUCUUUCCUGGACUGUCCCCCCGGGCUGCCCAGGUGCUUGGUGUACUUCCACGUGAGGCUUGAAAAGUCUGUGUAAACAACUUGUGGCCCACAUCCAUGAGCCCAGUCGUUAAAUGCUCGGAAAACAGAAGAUGCAGUCACCAACCUUUGCAGCCUCUCUGCUUCCUCUGUGUCACUGUGGGCUCAGACUGCACCUUAGGUGGAGCACGGAGCAGCUGCCAUCUUUUUGGAGGAUGUGUGUGUGUGUGUGUGUGUGUCCUUGGACAGCCUAGACAGGAAGCAUGUACCAUCCGCAGGCUGUGUUCAAGGAAGGCUGUCUUGGCUUUAUCUUCCACAGCUGGCUGAGCCCUGGAGUGUGGGUCAGGCCGCCACAGCUCCGCCUGGGUCCUCUGCAGCUGACCCUGAUGGCACAGCCCCGGGUGGGAAGCAGUGUCAGUGCCAGCCGGUCGCGUUGCUCUUCUUUUCUGGCCCCGUCUGCAGAGGGCUCGCCGUGCGCGGUAGUCUCAGGGUGUGUAGUCCCUCCCAGCGCGUGUGUCCCCUGCUCCGGAUGUGCGCUUGAGCUUUGGAGCAGCACAGGUGUCAGUGGUGUGGACUGCUUGUCUAAGGCCUAAAGGGUCACUGGCAGAGCUGUGCGUGGCAGAUGGCAUUGGUCUUUUGGUCCCUUCUCAGACCCUGUGUUCAGGGGCAUCAGUUCUGUCCAUCUGUCCUCCCAUGCUGGGUGGGCGUCGUGGCGAUGUGGCUCAGAGUCGCAUGUGCCCUGUGCCUCAGGCUCAGUGGGGUCCGGCUCCUUCCUUGUCCCAGUCCUCUGCUUUGUCAGUGCACAGUGGUCGGAGGGUGGCGAGGGCCCUGUGUCAGCAGGGGUGGGAGCUUUUCCCUGAGGGAAGGUGGAGGUAACCAGGGGCCAGAAGCCAUGAUCUGGCCACAGAGCCAAAGCUCUCUGAGAAGUUUCAUUCACCAGUUCACACAUUUCACUUUGGACAUGACUUUUAAAUUAAAUUUUUAAGGAUGAUAAGUGGGAAGGUGGGACUUCUUUCUGUGACCCCUUACCCAGCUGUUGCACCCGAGGGUGCCAGGCCAGGCACACAGCCAGUCGGCCCCACCCUCCCGGCCGGGGCUUGUGACACCGUGUUUCCGCUGCUGUGCUGGGGUGCAGUGGGUGCUGUGGCCACCCUGCUGAACUGCUCUUCUGUCUGUUGAGCGCCCACAGUGGGCGCCUCAGGGCUCGGGUGCCUUCGUGCUGUGGAUCUGGAGGACUUGAAGUAAUGGGGCCCUCAUUUUCUAUUUUUAAAGUGUUUUGUCGGCAUUCUCCAGGUUCAUAUUAAUUUAUGUGUUUUGAAACAAGCUUAUUUAGAAUCUAAUUUACUCUCGUUGGAGCUGCACAAAUACAAGUGUGUUUUUGUUGGUGAUGACACCCUGGUGCCUGUGGGUUUGUGUCCCUGGUGUGGACAGGUGGCCUUUGCCAUAGCCCCUAGGAGUGUGCGAUGCCACCCGAUCUGUGAGCCAGCCAGGCAGGGGGAAUGAGUGCCUUCACUAGGGUGCUUCUGGGGAGAGUGACGAGGCCUUCCCUGUCUUCCUGCAGCCCUGUUCACCCUGAUCCCAGUUGUCAUGUUGGUUUCCCUCUGCAGCCUCUGCUCUGUGUGCAGAGCUCCGUGCUGGGGACCCGAGGGGUGAAAGACACUGAGCCUGGCGGGCGGAUAUAGCUGUCAGGACAGGCGUGGGGGUGUUGAGAGCAUGCUGCUCUGACCAGGCUGACCGGCAGCUGCCUGCUGUG